AUGGACCAAAAUAAAAAACCCAGAACUAUUCUUGAAACUCUAGUUGAAGAACUCAUCAGAAUUAUUACACCAGUCUCGAUAUGUAUGCUAUCGGUUGUAAUUCUUGUUAAAGUACUGAAUACGGAUUCAGAAGGGUCUUCAAUAGGCCUAUCAUUUACUACUAUAGCCAGUGUGGCUUACAGUGAGAGCAGUUCAGAUUCUAUAUGGGAUAAGCUUAAAGCUUACUUGGUUGUUAUUGGGAUGCUGGUGGCUUAUUUGUUUACUCUUUUACCGGAAUGGACCACUUGGGUGCUUUUGAUUGCCGUGGCAUUGUAUGAUCUUGCGGCUGUUUGUUUGCCCGGUGGGCCUUUGAGGCUCUUGGUAGAGCUUGCGAUAUCUCGGGAUGAAGAUAUCCCAGCUUUAGUUUACGAGGCUCGUCCAGUUAUUAAUAAUGAUUUAUCUUCAAUUGGUGAUGUUGUGCAAAGAAGAGUAUGGAGAGAGAGAAGGAAUGCAGGUGCAAUUAAGCUUGGGUUGGGAGACUUCAUCUUUUACAGUGUUUUAGUUGGUCGGGCUGCAAUGUACGAUUUCAUGACAGUUUAUGCAUGCUACCUUGCGAUUAUAGCUGGUCUUGGUGUAACACUGAUACUCCUAGCUGUGUAUCGGAAAGCUUUGCCUGCUCUUCCAGUGUCCAUUAUGCUAGGUGUGUUAUUUUACUUGUUGACACGGCUGUUACUCGAAGUUUUUGUUGUCCAGUGUUCUUUGAAUCUUUUGAUGUUUUAG